UUUGAACUUUUUUGCUCACAACACCCUUUUCCACAUUUAAACUGACUACUAUAGCUAUCUACCACCAAAUAGGAGUUGGGGUAGCCUAACAAAAAAGCAUCAGGAAGAAGAAGUGAGCAUAACGGCUAGUAGGUACCUACAAUAGUCGGUUAAAAUGUGGCUAGGGAUGUUGUCCACAAAAAAUAUACAGAAAUUGUGUUAUUUAGAAAUAAUCAAUAGUUGAAAUUAUUAACAGUAAAUGGAUAAUAAGUCGAAUUAUGCAGGACAAUUUUAUUUUUUUUUUAUCUUAUUCUCCAAAAUUUCACCCACGUAUCAUAAUUGUGGAACGAUAAGCAUAGUGGUGGGCCGCCUGGAGGAUUCACGAAGGUUCGCGAUUAAGUCCCUUGGACGUGUUCCUUGGCUAUGUUACAAUUACAAAUGCUCCACAAAUUUGGUAGCUUAGAAGAAAAAGCCAAAAGAAAAUCAAUUGAUUAGAAAGAAGGAGCUGGGCCUUGAAAUAGAAAAGUAUCCAAGUAAUACUCACAUUUGCACGGUGUAGGGAUUGCCACGUUAGACACGAUAAAAUAUCAGCUGUUUCCGUCAGUGUCAAAACCCUAAAAUCUAAACCUUUAAAAAAAAUACACAAAUUCAUUGGAAUUGGAAUUGGAAUUGGAAUUGAAAUUGAAGUUAAAAUUGAAAUUGAAAAUCAAAUCAGAAGAUGGAGAAGAAGGAAAUGGAGGUUGUGAAGGGGGUGGAUUUGGAGCGUUACAUGGGGAGAUGGUACGAGAUUGCUUCAUUUCCGUCACGGUUUCAGCCUAAAGACGGUGUAAAUACACGAGCUACUUACAGUCUCAACGAGGAUGGUACCGUUCAUGUUUUGAAUGAGACAUGGAGUGGUGGUAAGAGGGGUUUUAUUGAAGGCACUGCUUAUAAGGCUGACCCUAAAUCUGAUGAAGCUAAGCUUAAGGUCAAAUUCUACGUCCCUCCUUUCCUACCAAUCAUUCCUGUUGUUGGUGACUACUGGAUCCUCCAUCUUGAUGCAGAUUAUCAGUAUGCUUUAAUUGGCCAGCCUUCUCGUCGUUAUCUCUGGAUAUUGAGCAGGUCGCCUGUUUUAGACGAAGAGAUCUACAAGCAGUUGUUGGAGAAAGCUAAAGAAGAAGGCUAUGAUAUUAACAAACUACACAAGACUCCUCAGGCAGACCCUCCUCCUGAAGAUGAGGAUGCCCCUAAGGAUACCAAAGGCAUCUGGUGGAUCAAAUCCAUCUUUGGCAGAUAGGAAUUGCUCUUAUUAUCUGGAUUCUGGCGUGCAUCCUAUUUUGAAUUUCAGUCCAGACACUACUACCGACUACCUACUACCAGUGCUUGUGUAUUAUUUGUAUUUGUUUCAUGUUGUUGUGUGGAUAAAUUUGUGUUUGCUUUGGUUGGUAUAUUUUGGUUUUAGUAAAUGCAGUAACAUCGAUGCAUACUCCUAUAAUUAUACCAUGAUUGAUGAAGAAUGUCAAGUGAGAAGUAUGCUUUUCCAACUGUUUUAAUACUUUCUCCGAUCAAUUUACAUGUAAUAUUUUUUAUUUAUAUCUA